AUGGCUAACAAAGUUGUUGCUAUGUCCCGUGGGCCUAAAAUUGCCAAUGUGUCAAAGAACCCUCCAAAGGGAGAUGCUGAAUGGUAUGACAGGCAUAUUUCAGAAGAAAACAGUCCUUUUGAUAACAACUUUGAGAAGGGAUUAGGGGACCUCCAUGGAAGAACUAUAUUGUACACUUCCAAAAGUAAAAAAUACUUGAUAAAUACCUCUACUUGUAAAAUACCCGAUAUAGAUCCUUUCAAUGACGAAAUUAAGAAGUAUGUUCGUAAAGAAAAAUACACCAAGUGCACCAAUUUGGGAUUGCUCACUUACACCGAGAAAGAAGAUGGUCUGGUUUUAUUGAAAAUCAACACUAGUGUUAUGUCACAGUACAGCUUUUUCGAAAUUAAUUGUUGUUAUUCAGAAAUAUAUAGAUUCAAUUACGAGAAUAAGUCUGACAACGAAGUAAGGUAUUCUUCUUGUACACAAUUCAAAGACAAAACCGUUAUCUCAUAUCCAUUCAUAAGGGUGAAAUGUUCCAACUGGUUUCGAUAUGUCUACUCCAAUGUUCACGCCACCGUCUUAGCUACAAGACAUGAAGUAGCUCACAAAAUCAACAGAACAAAUCACUUCAGUGUGUUAGUAAUAGGUAUAGACAGCAUAUCAAAAUUAAAUCUAAGACGAACGAUGCCAAAGACCUACGCUUACUUAGAGCAACACUUCCAUGGCUUAAAGGGAUACAACAAAAUAGGUGACAAUACAUUUCCAAAUCUAAUGGCCAUUCUUACGGGACAGAGUACUUCGCAGUUGUCUAAGAGCUGCAAUACAGGAAAGUUGAACGUCUGCGAUUUUAUCUGGAAUACGUUUAGAGAAUCAGGAUACGUGACUGCCUAUGCGGAAGAUGAAGGAGCUAUUAAUACUUUUAACUACGAUAGGCGAGGUUUUAGAGAUCCGCCUACGGAUUUCUAUUACAGGCCUUACUUUGUUGCUUCUGAAGAGUUAGGUAGAAAAUUACGGUAUGGUAUGACCUACUGCGCUGGACCGGAAACCUCAGCAGAGAGGAUGCUCAACGCUGCACGAGAUUUUUCUGUUAGCUUUAAAGACGUGCCUACUUUUGGAUUAUUUUGGAUGAACAGUUUUAGUCACGAAAACAUCAACAUGCCUUCGGCUAUGGACGAAAGGGUGCUGGAAUUUUUGAGUGACUCUAUCUUUAAGUCUUCGCUGGAGAAUACAGUGAUGGUGUUCCUUAGUGACCAUGGAUUUAGAUUCGGAGAUAUCAGGCUCACUCGUACGGGCUGGCUAGAGGAGAGGUUGCCUUUUAUCUACGUCUAUAUAGCAGACAGUUUUAAGAAGAAGUUUAGAGAAAAGUACGAGAAUUUCAUGGUUAAUACCGAGCGACUCACUACACCGUUUGACAUAUACUGCACUUUUCAGGACAUUUUGGAAAUCAGCAACUGCUCGUACAAAGCAAAGAAGAGCCGAGCUUGUCCAAAUUGUCAAUCAUUGUUCACGACGAUUAGAGAAAAUCGUACUUGCAGGGAAGCUGCUAUUGACCUACAUUGGUGCAGUUGUAUUGGGCAUAACCAAGUCAGUUCGAAAAACGAGCUGUUAAGGAAGGUAGCACUGUUUGUUGUAAAAGAAAUUAAUAAAGUUGUUAGGAGUUUUGUUGAAGGUAGUGGUUGUUCCACGUACGCUUUAAAGGAUAUUGUUACAGGCGGUAUGUCUGUGCACUAUUUGAACGAGAAUAGUCAAACCGUUCGACAAAUUGUGGUUGUAGCCGAAACCAGUCCCAAAGCGAUAUUUGAAGCUACUGUCGAAGCUUAUACAAUUUCGGAAGAGAAUAAUUUUAAGCUGCUUGGUGAUAUUAGUCGACUAAACAGAUACAAGAGCAAUAGCUACUGUGUUGAGGAUCCCAUUUUGAAGAAAUAUUGUUUCUGUAAUAGAACCGCCUUUUAA